AUGCUUCGUACCACAGCCAUGAUAGCCCUCAUGGGCAUCGUGCAAGCACAUACUGUCGCCUGGACUAGAGGCAUGCACUGCCUGGGAGGCCCCGACCCUUCCACCGAAGAUCUCAACACGAACACUGCCGUGGCACCACUCUACGACCUUUCCAAAGAGGACUGGUGGUUCCAACAUGACCGAGGAUGCGAUGCGGCGCCUCCUGCAGAAGGCGACAUCCUCGAAAUCCCCGCUGGCGGGAAGUUCACUGUCGAACUUGCCCACAACCGCGCACAGACGACCCUUUCCUACGAUGGAAAAUUCACCUCUGCCUGGCCAGAUGGGGAAGAACACCCAGAGGACUGGUCCGGACCAGGAGACCCAGCGGACUGUAUUCAGGAUGAUGGCGCCAUGCACACAACCAACCAGUCCACUGCCGCUGGGACUGCAUUUGCCAUCAGCUACGAGGCCAACAUGGCUGAUGUCACCAUGGAAAACUUGGCAGUAUUCACGGUUUUGGAACACACACCAUGGAAACGAAUCGCUACCUAUGAGGCUCCUAUCGAUCUCCCCCCCUGCCCCGAAGGAGGAUGCACUUGCGCCUGGCUCUGGGUGUGUUUCCGUCUUGAUAUUGUACUCCAGUCUUCUCAACGCUAA